CUGGUCCAGAAACCCUGUUUUUUCAGGUCCGGGGCGGUACCGGGCCGGUACCGGGGCGGUUCUGAUGCGGGCGGCCUGAAGCCGCGUGUCCCCGCGGCCCGGUCCUGGUUCUGGUUCUGAUCCUGCACGGUUCUGCUGGUCUGGACCCGUCCGGACCCACCGGGACCAUGAGCUCCGUUAUUCCGGGCAUUCCCGGACGGAGGAGAGUCCCGAACCUGGACCGGAUCAGAACCGAGGACGACGCUCUGAGCAGGAUCGCGAGGGAGGCGGAGUCCCGUCUGGCGGCGAAGCGAGCGGCGAGAGCUGAAGCUCGAGAGAUCCGGAUGAAGGAGCUGGAGCGGCAGCAGAAGGAGCUGUUUAACACCACUAAGAAGUAUUAUGGUCUGGAUAAUAAGUGGGGUCACAUUGAGCAGUGGAUGGAGGAAAGUGAGCGCUACUCCCGCCACUCACGGAGACACGCUUCGAUCUCUGACGAUGAGGAGAGGAUGUCUGCAGGCAGCAGAGGAAGUCUGAGGCCGUCAGACUACGGCGGGUUCCUGGGUUCUGGUUCUCGGGCCUCGGGUUCCAGGGCUUCCUCCAGGACCAGCUCGGCCCGGGCCAGUCCGGUGGUGGAAGAGAGGACGGACAGAGAUUUCCUGGAUAAAGGCUCCAGGACGGCGUCGACGCUAUCCGCCGCUACGCUAGCCUCGCUGGGCGGAGCCUCGUCUCGUAGAGGAAGCUGCGACACGUCGGUCUCCGUGGAAACGGAGGCGUCAAUCAGAGAGAUGAAGGACUCGCUGGCUGAGGCGGAGGAGAAAUACCGCAGAGCGAUGGUUUCCAACGCUCAGCUCCACAACGAGAAGAUGACGCUGAUGUACCAGGUGGAGGCGUUGAGGGAGGAGCUGGGCGACCUGGAGGAGACGCUGUGGGAGGCCCGUCGCCACGGCGACGACUCCAACAAGGAGUUUGAGCGCGAGCGUCACGCCCACAACCUCCUGCAGUUCCAGUUCAGAGAUGUGAAGGAGACGCUGAAAAGAACCGAGGACCUGCUGACGGAAGUGUCAGAUCUACGUCUGAAAAGCGACUCGUACCUUCAGGAAGUCUCGGACCUGCAGGAAGUUCUGCAGUGGAAGGAGAAGAAGAUUGGGGCGCUAGAGCGGCAGAGCGAAGUGUCCGACAUCGUUCGGAUCGAUCGCGACCGUCUGCAGGACGAGGUCGUCCGGCUGAGGGAGUGGCUGCAGAAACACGGAGUCGACGCCCCCGACGUGACCAACGGAGAACCGGCCCGCGACGAUGAUGUCAUCUCAGAAUCUUCCUCCCAAUUGGCCGAGGAGUCGCCGCAGGGCGGCAGAGAGAGCAUUCUGGAGCUGCGACUGAAGAAGCUGUUCGAGGAACGAGAGAGUUUACGGGAUCAGGUGAGGCUACUGCAGUCGCAGCUGCACCGGCGGACCGGGCCGGACCGGGACCGGGGGCCGGACCGGGACUGGGGGCCGGACCGGGGGCCAGUCCGGGACCAGAUCCAGGGGCCGGAUCGGGACGGGCUGGAGAACGGGAUGGCUGCUCAUCUGCUGGACCUGCAGAGAGACGCCAACCGACAGAUGAGCGAACUCAAGUUCAAGCUGGUGAAAUCUGAGCAGGAAGUGACGGCUCUGGAGCAGAACGUGAUCCGUCUGGAGGGCCAGGUGAGUCGGUACCGGCUGGCGUCGGAGAACGCUGAGAAGAUUGAAGACGAGCUGAAGGUGGAGAAGAGGAAGCUGCAGAGGGAGCUUCGCUCGGCUCUGGGUCGGAUCGGGGAGCUGGAGUCCAGCAACAUCCACCUGAACAAACGCCUGGAGAAGAUGAAGGCCAACCGGAACGCUCUGCUGGCCCAGCAGUGA